GCGGGGAAUUCGGAGGUGGCGGACUGACUUCCGGCCGUUGGGCGGUUCUGGCCUUUAAGGGCGUUGGGCCUCCCUCUUCCCCCGCUUCAGGACAAGACUGUUACUACCGGUACUUAAAUAGUUCAAGAAGUUUCUUGGAUGGAGAAAGAAACCAUGGUUGGCAGUGUAGAACCUGUACAUGUUCCUUUUGGACAUAUUAUUGGAAAUGAGAAAUGGCAAGGAUCGCAGUUAGCUAAAGAAAUACAAGGAAAAAUUAAGCUCAUCUUUGAAGCUGACCUGGGACCCGUGGAUUUUCAUCUUUCCAAAGGAUCCUGUAUCCUUUAUGUUACCGAAGCAGAUUUGGUAGCAGGAAAUGGCUAUAGAAAAAGACUUGUAAGACUUAGAAAUGACAAAAAUCUGCAGGGUAUUGUAAUUGUUGAGAAAACGCACCUGAGCGAGCAGUACUUCCCUGCAGUGCAGAAAUUCGUUGUGCUGAACCUUGGAAUGGUAUUACUUCCAGUGGCCAGCCAGAUAGAAGCAUCUCAUCUUAUCAUCCAACUGGUCCAUGAACAAACCAAAGACCACAAUCGGAAUCCUUUUCUUAAAAAAAAACGUCACCAACUCUCAGAGUCUGCAGUACUCCUGACAGUCCAACAGAUCCCAGGUGUCGGAAAAGUUAAAGCCCUACUUCUGAUGAAAAAAUUUGCCACUCUCCAACGACUGUGCGAUGCAUCCAUCCAAGAACUGGAGCAAGUAGUUGGACAAACUAUAGCUCAACAGGUUCAUACAUUUUUGACAGAGAGCAAGUGACACUAGUCCAUUAGGGAUCCGGAGCUAGUUUUCAUUUUAUUUUAUUUUUCUUCCUCUACUCAGGGUAAUCACUUGCCUCUUUCAGAAUCAGAGGCUUUGGAAGAUUUCUUCUGCUAAACCCUGGACUGUGGGCAAGCUGAAAUACACCCCAAGUUUGAAUAGCUGCCCUAGAAUUCCACUAUCCUAAUCCCUAUUGCAGCUGUAUUUUCACCACCUAAGCAGCCAUUGAAAAACCAGGCUUUUACUGCCUCAGGACCUACCUGUCUGAAAGGCAAAAGAUAAUUAGUUCUGUGGUCAAGUAUUGAGAUUUGUUUCUGUGAUUUCUGAGAAUUGAAGUUGAGUAUGGUUUUUUUUUGUUAAAUAGCCUCGAUGGCAAAUUGAUUAUUCAAAAAUGUAUGUAGUUUCAUUAGUUUAAAUCUGGUUAGAACUGUGCUUUUAGGAAACUGGAUUGCAAGAUCUAAAAUGAUAUAAAUUGACUCCUUUUAUUUCUAUAGAUUACUGACUGGAUGACAGUUAAUCUCUACAAUUUCCAAUGGGUAUUGCUCUAAGCAAAAAUUGAGAACAGUUCUUUUUUCUCCCACUUGCUUCUCUUCCACAGUGCUGAUAGUCAAAGAUUCCAGAAUUCAUUCAGGCACAAUGUUGCAAAUUAAAUUGGUAGAUUGGACUCU